AUGAAGGACCAGAAGCAGGAGGCCUACUGGCAGGAGACAGGUCGAUGGGGGGGCUACGAGGAGAGCUUUGACCCUCAGGCUGGAGUGUGGACAUCCUCUAACAUCUCCUACCUCACCUUCAAGAGCCUCAUCCAGCUCCGACACACCUUGAACACAGGUGUGACGAUCUUUGACUGUGAAGAGCGGACUCUGGCCAGCAUAGCUGAGAAGAUGGUUAACGAGAUGGUAAACAAAAAGGAAAUCAGACCUGGAGACCGUGAAGGACUGCUUAACUCUCUCCUUCCAAACCGAAGCCAAUCAGACCCAGAAAGACAAGCUCUGUCUGACGGGCUGGACCUGCAUAAGUUUUCAGUCAAGGAAAGGAGGGAAGAAUCUGACCGGGUUGAGGCCUCUAUGGUGCUCGUAGGAGCGCUGGACUUUCUAGAAAGGCCCACAGUUGUGUUUGUGCGUCUGAAGGAGGCAACGGUGCUUGACUCUGCAUUGGAGACCCCAGUUCCUGUACGCUUUGUGUUUGUCCUGGUCGGCCCUAGCAAGUCUGACAUGGACUACCAUGAGACUGGCCGUGCUAUGGCAGCGCUAAUGGCUGACAAAGUGUUCAACCAGGCAGCGUUACAGGCAAAGAGCGCCCGGGAGCUCACGGAUGCUGUGGUCGACUUCAUGGACUGCAGCAUCGUAAUCCCGCCUACUGAGAUCCAGAAUGAAGCCAUGCUUUCAUCGAUUAUCAGCUUUCAGAAGAAACUGCUUCAGGAAAGAUUCCAGUCCUCUAAAUCGUCUGUCCAUCUGGACUCCAAGCAACGCAAGGUUUCCAUUUCUUCAGGGCCUCCUCCUGAAGACCCCCUGUGCCGCACAGGGCGACCAUUUGGUGGAAUGAUUAAAGACAUAAAGAGGCGUUACCAGUAUUACAAGAGUGACAUCACAGAUGCUCUCAAUGCACAGGUCCUUGCUGCCAUCAUUUUCAUCUACUUUGCAGCCUUGUCUCCUGCCGUCACCUUCGGAGGACUGCUCGCUGAUAAGGUUGACAACAUGAUGGGCGUUCCAGAGCUCCUCAUAUCCACCAGCAUUCAGGGAAUUAUCUUCUGCUUCAUUGCUGCUCAGCCUGUCCUGGUCAUUGGCUUCUCUGGUCCUCUGUUGGUGUUUGAGGAGGCCUUUUUUGCUUUCUGUAAGUCCCAGGGCAUUGAAUAUAUUGUGGGCAGAGUAUGGGUUGGAGUGUGGCUGGUCAUUAUUGUGGUCAUCAUAGUGGCCUUCGAGGGCAGCUUCCUGGUGCGUUUCAUCUCCCGCUUCACCCAGGAAAUCUUCUCCAUCCUCAUAUCCCUCAUCUUCAUCUAUGAAACCUUUGCCAAGCUAGGCAGGACCUUCAAGGCCCAUCCGCUGAUACUAAAUUACGAUCAUCUGAAUACAACUAUAGAAAAUCCAUGGCACCCAAGGGUGGAGGAGACAGUGAUUUAUGACAAUGCUACUGGCAACACAACCAUUAUUGUCAACACUAUUAAGCUGCCUUACCCCAACACAGCCCUGCUCUCCAUGUGCCUCAUGUUAGGCUGCUUCUUCAUCGCUUUCUUCCUGCGACAGUUCAAGAACGGCACUUUCCUUCCUGGAAAUGUUAGACGUUUGCUUGGUGACUUCGGUGUGCCUAUUUCCAUUUUCCUCAUGGUUGUUGUGGAUUACAACAUAGACGAUACCUACACCCAGAAAUUGGUGGUUCCCAAAGGUCUGAUGGUGUCCAACCCAGCUAAAAGAGGCUGGAUUAUCAACCCCUUUGGAGAACACCAAACUUUCCCUGUGUGGUUGAUGUUUGCAUGCUGUGUCCCAGCCAUGCUCGUCUUCAUUCUGAUCUUCCUGGAGUCUCAGAUCACCACGCUGAUUGUUAGUAAACCUGAGAGGAAGAUGGUUAAAGGCUCUGGGUUCCACUUUGACCUGCUGGUUUUAGUUGGCAUGGGAGGGCUGAGUGCAAUAUUUGGGGUACCGUGGUUAAGUGCUGCCACUGUGCGAUCCGUCACUCAUGCUAACGCCCUCACAGUGAUGAGCAAAGGACCAAAACCUGUGAUUGAGAAGGUGAUGGAGCAGCGGAUCAGUGGCAUUGUGGUUGCCUUGCUGGUUGGUCUAUCCAUUCUCAUGGAGCCGAUUUUAAAGAUGAUCCCGAUGUCCGCCUUGUUUGGGAUUUUUCUCUACAUGGGAGUUACAUCACUCAACGGCAUCCAGCUGUGGGAUCGAAUACUGCUCCUGCUUAUCCCCAAGAAAUAUCAUCCUGAUGAGCCCUACGCCACCAGAGUGAGCACAGGACGGAUGCACUUGUUCACAGCCAUCCAGAUUGCGUGCCUUGCAAUAUUAUGGAUUGUUAAAUCCAGUCCAGUAUCCCUCGCACUUCCUUUCAUACUCAUCCUCACCAUUCCCCUACGCAUGUGUAUGACUGGGCAUCUCUUCACAGAACUUGAAAUGAAAUGUUUGGAUGCUGAUGAUGCCAAAGUGACAUUUGAGGAGGAGCCAGGGCAGGAUGUAUACUGUGAAUCCCAGAUGCCAUUGUAG